AUGGCGCUGACAAAUUUUACUGAGGGUGUCAACCAACAAGCACUCGGAGCACGGUACUGCUCUGCGGAAUUGACUGGAGACGUACACAGUGAGCUUACCUGUCUCUCAGUAGUAAAUACUUUUCUUUCCAUUACUGCAUUCCUGGGCAACACUUUGAUUCUAGUUGCUCUACGCAAGGAAACUUCACUUCACCCGCCAUCCAAACUCCUGUAUCGUAACCUAGCGAUAACUGAUCUCUGUGUUGGUAUUUUUGUGGAGCCUUUGGUUGUAUUUUAUUGGACGUCUGUGGUGAACGAAAGAUGGGAUAUUUGCUAUUACACAGAUUAUGCAGACAGUUUGGCUGGUUAUACUUUGUGUACAGUCUCUUUAUUAACAUCGACUGCAAUAAGCGUGGACAGACUUCUCGCCUUGUUGCUGGGGCUCAGAUACAGACAACUUGUAACUUUAAGAAGAACGUGCAUAACUGCCAUCGGUUUUUGGAUUUUGUCCAUUGUUGGUGCAUCUAGUUUCUUUUGGAAUCCUAUUAUAAGUUCACUUUCUCAGUACAUAGGUAUAGCUCUAUGCCUAUUCAUCACAAUCUUCGCUUACACAAAAAUUUUCUUCACUCUGCGUCACAAUCAAAUUCAUGUUGACCAUGCUCAGAGCCGUGCUUUUAGAAGACAACCAAGCCAAGCAAUUCCACUGAACAUAGCUCGAUACAGAAAGGCAGUGUACAGUGCAAUGUGGGUGCAGGGAACAUUGAUUGUUUGUUAUCUGCCGUAUGCUGUAGUGGUAGCGUUAACACCUCAAAGAGGGAUAACCUUGCCAAUUUACCUUGCCAGGCAAUAUACAGGAACUAUAGUUUACUUGAACUCGUCAUUAAACCCGCUGUUGUACUGUUGGAAGAUCAGAGAAGUAAGGCAAGCUGUAAAAGAAACAUUAAGGCAACUAUUCUGUCGAUCGAGUUAGUUUUGUCAGUAUGCAUUCUACCUGUUAAUGCGUGCUAAAUUGAAGUGUACUUUCAAGGAAGAAUCCUCUGUUGUGACCUUUUUUUACUGUAGAAGAGCCAAGGAUGAUAAGUACAAUUAAUAACUAAUACCUCAAACUUAUACUGGUUUUCUUUUACCUUAAUAUUUAUUCACGAAUCUAUUGCACCUACAGCAGAGAGAAUACAAACGGGAACCCUAACGAAAUAAAAUUAUGAAUAUAAAAAUUAACUAAAAUAUACUGAAAAAAUAAAUACCAGCAACAUACCAGCAACAUGAAAUUAUAGAUUUAAUUACAUACUCAAUGCGGUUUUUCAUGGGCAAUAUCACCCAAGUUUGAGCAUUAACUACGUUACCUUUAACUGAGACUUGCAAAAAUAACCACCACAGAUGAGUUACAUAAAGAAGGAAAUUGUUAUGAUUGAUGUUACGAUGACAUCGGAGUUGUCAUAGCAACGGAAUGACGUCAUUACCUAUUUUACUUGCCGCCGUAUUUCUCGACACCGGGAGGUAUAUUUUUUCCAAAAUCGUUCACGGUAGCUUGUUCCUCCAACACCUGCCUCAAUGUUCUUGAAUUUUGAGCGAAAUCAGUCUAAGAGAGCGUUAUCGAAAUAUUUUGGAUUAAAAGUUCAGUGAAAACUGGACAAUAUCAAUGUUCGGCCGUGGAAGCCCUUCGUAACAGGUGUUAAAAGAUCAUGGGGAAAUAAAACUUUGGGCGAUUGCUAAAAAGAGGGAUUUGAUUAGCAUGCAUUAAGGUCGCUCUUGUUGGCGUUUUAGUAAACAUUAUGUCUACUUUAUCAAAUACCGUAAAUCCUCUAUUAAGUUCCCGUCUCAAAUAAGCCCUCUCUCUCUAAUAAGCCUCAGGGGAAGAAAAUUAAUAAGCCACCCUCUCUAUGAAGCCCCCCUCUCCUCCCCUAAUUAUUCUUCACUAAGAAAUGAUAGAUUGUUUUAAUCAAUGACGACUGGAAAACUUGGUGUGGACUGAUCCGGGAUGGUUUAUUUACCAACUGGAAUUUCGAAUUUGAUUCUGAUCCUUGGCUGAAUAACCUCCACGCUUCUUGUACUUGAGCUUUUCCACUUUGUAUUCUAGUCCUUUAUGGAGAAAUGAUACCAUAGUCUUUUUUUAACUUAAAUAAUUAAGAUACCUAGUGAGUUAACACGACGGCAGAAAAACGCUUAUGUAUGACAAACGUGACAGGGCUUUCACUUGCGUGUUUUGUCGUAAUCUUCACUAAAUAUCAAUGUUUUUUGGUCUUUUACAAAAAGAUCUGUUUAAAAGAAGAUGAAGUGUAAGGCAAAUUUUUUUCAAACGAAAUUACUGUGUGUGACAAACGUGACAGGCCCCGCUAUAACUUGCGUGUUAUGUCGUGAUCUUUAGUUAACAUUAAUGUUUUCUGGUCUUUACAACAAGAUCUUUUUAAAGGAAAGAUUUAGAGGAAAGGUAUUUCAAACAAAAUUAUUGUCACGCUUGCCACACAAGGUUUGCUGUCUUCUUUCCUCUCCCGUCCUGUUGCGUAAGUUCACUUAUCGUCAGCGCAUUAAAAUAGCAGGUGUUUUAUCGGCGGGAAUUAACAUAUCCGUUAUAUAUAACAAACGAGUGUUAUUCAUUUUACAUCUUAUAAUAUAACAAGAGAUACCAAAAUUACCGCAUCCCACACAGUUUGACGUGUUUGCCGACUGUUAAGAACUUUCUUUCGGCUACAGAACUGAAAACUCAUUAAAAUCGUUAGUUAGUUAGUUUCACCGAGCUCAUUAAAGUUUAACCAGUGUACAGCCGCCCCCUCCCCCCCUUCCCUCAAAAAAGGGGGGGGGCGGCUCAAAGUAGAAACAAUUCACAAUUUUUGCUAAACUUCAGUCUCUUCUUCCUGUAACUUUUACAAACGAAAUAAAACACAGCUCUUUUUUUGUUAGAAGCAGAAUCGUGAUAUUUUACAGAAGAAUUAGCAAAAAAAUUAUUGCGUCAAAACCCAGCCUUGGCUAAUUGCAUAACUAAAACAUGAGGUAAUUUUAUCCCUCCUGACAUUCAUCCAUAUUUUACUGAAGAGUGAUAUAAAAACAAAAGGUUCACUCGCACUUAGAUGGUCAUGAAGUUUUCGCGCGUUUUCCCUUUUAUCAUAAUCGACCCAAAAUUAAAAGUUACCCUAAUAAUUGUUGCGAACAUGUUUAUACCUUUUUCCAGCCAUUAGGGACCUUAAGAUACCCUGGACGCGGCGGUAAAGGGAACGGAGAAAGCCUGGAGCCAGGACGCCGCCACCUUCGCGGGAAAAACAAAUUAAGAUUGAGCAGGUGGGGUGAAGCGGCUCGCCUGACGAGAGAGGAUAAAGUAAUGCUUUCGUGUUUUAAUUCCAUGACGUCUUUUAGAAAAACUCGUGAAGUCUUGCUUGAUUGAUGCCUUAACGAUCUUUUAUUGGAAGAAAAAUUUGUGCUGCCGGCUAUGACUCCAGUUUCUCUCUAAAAAAAAACAAAUUUCUUCGAGGGAAACUUGAGGGUAUGAUCGGAGUUCAGGUUAUCAGCUAUUUGUUGCCAGACUUUUUCGCUUUCCGUUGUUCUAGAUCUUGCUUUAAAACGAUAUGGUUCUGUUAUGAGAACUUCCCGUACUAAGGCGAGAUUUUGAUCUUCAGACCGCUCAAUCGCUGAACUGAAAGUGAACAAAAUAAAAUUAUAAAAGUUAAUAAAUGAACCAUGGCGUCUUGUUCAAGAUCUCAAUUUUCUCCGACAUGUUCAAGUUUAUUACAAGCCUAGAUUUUUGUUUUCCAACAAUUUUUACAAAAUGUAUUCGACUUCCCGUCUCUUAAAUUUUUCAAAUACUAUCCUAAAGCGAGAACGUUGUCCCCUUAAAAACAAGCAGUUAUAGUGUUACAUUUGUGUCGAAAGACUCAGCGCUUUCAUUCUCAGUUGUCGCCAAAACACUGAACCCAAAACGCUUGAUAGCACAAAAAUAAGAGUCAAUCUUGAGAGAACACCACACUAAAAACACUUAAAUGUGUCUCUUGAAGUAAAAUGGAUCGAAAAUCCUGUACGGAAAGGAAUUUCUGCACUGAAAACAAGAAAACCAACUCACCGUUUUACGAGGCGGCCAAACUUCUAGUUUUCACCGUCUCGACUUCAGGUCGACGCUGUGGCAUUAUGCUAAUUAGUUCCAAGAAUUGAACAUUGCACUUCCGGUUGACGUCCUCCUCGGCCGCGUCCAGAGUAUCUUAAGGUCCCUAUUAACUUCACGCGGUGGUCAGUAUAGGAAGCGCAUACGCAGAUACACCUAAUUGCAAUGACAGAAGUUGUCUUGGAAAAAUAAUAAAGGGAAGAUGAAAAAAAUAAAAAGCCAAAUAGGAAUUAACUGGGCCUGCUAAGAAAUCUAGAAAGGGUGAACUCAUUUGCUCCAUAGGCAUUUUAGGGAACUAAAAGCAAAUGCCAAGGGAAAGUUUGUGCGUCUAAGUUCAAAAUAAAUUCAUCCUAUAGUGGUUUAAAGGUAUCUGAUUAAUUUCGAUUUGGAUUUUUGCAUUUUUCAUUUCGGUUCCUUUUAGCUGAUUUAACUAUGACAACGCUAUUGCAAUUAGGUGUAUAUACUUCGCUUAAUUGCUGGGAAGGAGUGAUAGCUCAAACUUAUAUAUUAAACUUUAAAAAAAUAUUGAGUUAUUGGAAUUUCCAUUGAUAAUUACUGCGAUCCACGUUGCCAAUGCGCCGCCAACAUAUAUAAGAACCCAAAAACGUUAUUAAAAUCAUCCGCGCUGUGACACAACACCUGGCUAAUCAUAUUUCCGUGCUAGAUUGAAAAAGUACCGAGACAACUUUUCUCAACCUUUCUUUGUCCUGCGAGCUCUCCUUUAUAUUUAUUUUCGCACGUUUAUGCUUUUUGUAAAUUGCUCCUGAUAAAUAACUGUUAAACUGACGCGACAAAUGUGCAAAGGGAAUUACAAUGUAGCUCGCGCGUUUAGGCAAAUAGUUGACUUGACAGAUGACAAAUUGAUACAGUAUCUACUUUAACCCAAAUUAAAACACAAAACGUAGCAUUCAUAUAAAACACUCACUUGUAGGUCACUGUGUCUCAGAGGAACAAUAUGGCACUGACGAAUUUCACCGAAGAUGAAAAAUAUCAGAAAACAAUUAUUGAACUGUUGUGCUCACCUGAAUUAAUCAGCGGUGUAGAUGGCGAGCUUAUCUUCCUUUCAGCUCUAAACAUUUUCCUGUCCAUUGCAGCGUUUCUGGGGAACACUCUGAUCCUAGUUGCUCUGCACAAGGAAACUUCACUUCAUCCGCCGUCCAAACUUCUGUAUCGUAACCUCGCGAUAACUGAUCUCUGUGUUGGUAUAAUUACAGAGCCUUUGCUUGUAACUUACUUGACUUCUGUUGUGAAGCGAAGAUGGGAUAGUUGCUAUUACACGGUUCUGGCAUUAUUUUUCUUAGGUCAUACUUUGUGUGAUGUGUCUUUAUUGACACUGACUGCAAUAAGCGUGGACAGACUUCUCGCCUUGUUGCUGGGACUCAGAUACAGACAAGUUGUAACUUUGAAACGAACACAUAUAGCUGUAAUUGGUCUUUGGAUUAUGUGCAUUGUCGGAGCUUCUACAACCUUUUGGAAUACUCUUACAAUUUCAUGGUAUCAACACAUCGUUACAGCUCUGUGUCUAGUCACCACAAUCUCCGCUUACACAAACAUUUUUCUCUCUCUGCGUCAUAAUCAAAUCCGUGUUCAGAACCAUGUUGCUCAAGGACAACAGGGCCAAGCCAUUCCACUGAACAUAGCUCGAUACAGAAAGGCAGUGUACAGUGCAAUGUGGGUGCAGUUAAUAUUGGUUAUUUGUUAUCUCCCAUAUAAUAUAGCGAUAGCGUUAUCACCUCAAAGAGAGCGGAUGUCGUUCUCUACUUAUCACUUUGCUGUGUUUUGUACUGGUACAAUGGUUAACUUAAACUCGUCAUUAAACCCGUUAUUCAGUGUACUGUUGGAAGAUCAGAGAAGUAAGGCAAGCUGUAAAAGAAACAUUAAGACAACUAUUCUGUCGAUCGACUUAGUUUUCUGGGCUUUCCAGCUCUCUCUUGCCAGCUAUUAAUUCCUGCUUGAAUCCUCGUUGAUAUUAACUGUAAAUAUAUUGUACUGCACGCAUAUUUUAUGAAGGCAUGUCACCUGUUUUUUAGGGGCGAGUAUAUUAUAAAUAUUCCUGUUCUAGAAAUCCAAAGAUCAUGUUAUCUUUAUUAUUUAGUGGCAUGAAGUUGUUUCAAGAAUAAAGAGCUAACAAAGAAAUAGAGUUUAAGGGCUCCAUUCCUUUUCUUCUUCUCCUUCUCCUUCUCCUCCUCCUUCUUGAAACUUGAAUCACUUGUUACUCGAUACAAAGCCUGUCAAACCAGUUAAACCACUUAAAAGUAGUACAUGACCUUAUCGUAAUGAGAUUCCCCCGCAUUUUGUUCAUGAGAUAAAGACAAAAGGCUAUAUAUGAUGUCAUCAGCGUUAAUGUUUCCAAUAAUGAGAUUUCAUUUCCAAAAAAACUGAAUCUCUUAAUUUCAUCCCAAGCGCAUCAACGUUUAAAGCCAGCACUUUCUGAGCAUUCAACAUAUUAACCUAAAUAAAAUUGCCUCUGAUACUGGUAAAAGCAUGUCUUUAAUGAUUAACACAUCCUACGGGUUGCCCUCCCUCAAGGUGGCUCGAUACAGUUUUUCAGGGUCAAUACCUCCCAAGUUUGAGCAUAAACUACGUCGCCAAAAACAAAGUUUUGGGAAAAUUGCCACCACAGUUGUAUUAGAUAAAGAAGAAAAUUUGUUAUGAUAAGGGUUGUAGCGGCAUCGGAGUUGUCAUAGCAACGAAAUGACGCUAUUACCUAUUUCACUUGCAGCAGUAUAUCUUGGCACUGGGAACUGUUCUUCGAAAAACAUUUACGGGAGCUUUUUCCUCCAAUACCAACCUCGAUGUUCAUGAAGUUUAAGCGAAAUCUGUAAGAGCGUUAUCGAAAUAUUUUGGGAUAAAUUUUUUAUUGUUAGAAACACAGUAAAAAAUGGACAAUAUUGUUGUUUGGCCUUUAUCUGUAGAAAAUGAAGCGCUUUCGGCAUAAAAUUUCACCUCAUAGUAGUUUCAAUCUUCUUAAAAGCAUGUGUGAAAGACCAUGGGGGAUAGCUCCAGCCGAUUGCUAGAAAAAAAGGUUUGAUUAGUAUUUAUCGAAGCGCUCUUGUUAGCGGUUUCGUACACAUUUUGAUCUACUUUAAAAAAUUAGCGAAUAAUUUUUAAACCGCUCGAUAGAUUUUUUUAAAAAUUUAAGAUUCGUGAGAUUUACCUCCCUUUUAUAUGACCUUUUAGUUUCAAGAUUAUUGAUAUAUUGUAACGCAGUAAAAUAAGGGCUAAAAUUCGUUACUUUUUUAUCGGAAGUUUCGUCAUUACAGGUGAAAGCCUCUAAUUAUUCAAGGCAUUGUCUCCAACUCUCAUUUUCACGUGAACAGCAGUAACUAACAAUGCAUUUGAAAUAUGCAAAAAUGCUAGCUAUUGUUGUGCACGAAAAUAUGAAAGUUGGACACAAUACCCUGAAUAAUGAGAGGCUCACACUUGUAAACACAAACUUUCUGCCAAAAUAUUAGCGAAUUGUAGCCCUUAUUUUACUGCCUUACAAUAUAUCAAUAAUCUUGAAACUAAAAGGUCAUAUAAAAGGGAGGUUAAUCUCAAGAAUCUUAAAUUUUUUAAAAAAUCUAUCGAGCGGUUUAAAAAUUAUUCGCUAAUUUGUUAAAGUAGACCAAAAUGUUCAAAAAACCGCUUACAAGAGCCCCUGGAUACAUACUAAUCAAAUCCUUCUUUCUAGCAAUCGGCUGGAGCUAUCUCCUUGAUCUUUCACACACGUUUUUAUAAAGAUUAAAACUACUAUGAGGUGAAAUUGCAUGUCAAAAGCGCUACGUUUUCUACAGAUAAAAGCCGAACGCCAAGAUUGUCCAUUUAUUACCGUAUUUCUAACGACAAAAUCUUUAUCCCAAAAUAUUUCGAUAACGCUCUUACAGAUUUCGCUUAAACUUAACGAACAUCGAGGCUGCUAUUGGAGGAAAAAGCUCCCGUGAAUGAUUUUCGAAGAACAGUUCGCAGUGCCGAGAUAUACUGCUGCAAGUAAAAUAGGUAAUAGCGUCAUUUCGUUGCUAUGACAACUCCGAUGCUGUUGCAACCCUGAUUAGAACAAAUUUUCAUCUUCAUCUAAUACAACUGUGGUGGCAAUUUUUCCAAAACUUUGUUUAUAGCGACGUAGUUUAUGCUCAAACUUGGGAGAUAUUGACCCUGAAAAACUGUAUCGAGGCACCUUAAGAGCCCCGCGAGGUUAUUGGAUUGCCUAGUCCCCAGGCUCAUUAGUCCGCGGGGCCAACGUAAACGAAACGCAUAGCAAGAAGGCCUGGGACGUAAGCAAUUCAAUUUCUACUGUACACGUAUUUGUUGUGUAUAAGAUGUGGCAAGAUAGUUGUUUUAGUAAACUACUGUGGGUAUUGACUACACAAUAACAUUUUGCAUUUUGCCAAACAGGUCACAAAAGAAAAUUUUUAACGUGUGUCACAAAUUCGUUUUUGUUUACGAAAAAAAUGUUUCCUUUUGGCGUGAAAGCAAAUCCACACGACCACAUUUAAAUGUUUUGCAAAAACGUUCUACCACCGUACUAUGUCAUAUACCCGAAAAACCUACAAUUGUAGCUUUAUUAUGAUAGGGGUACAAGAACUUUAUCGGUAAGUACUAACUGUUAAAUAAUGCUUAACCACUUGGACAAACGACCGCGGAGUAAAGCCGGAUCUUGGUAGGUUUAGAUCAGGAUCAGUAAUGAGAAUAAAACGUAAAAGCAAAUGCAAGCUGACAGCCAAAAGAUACCGUAAAAUUCCGAAAAAAAGCCCCUCCAAAUAUAAGCCCCCAAACCGGUAACGUAAAAACCUUCCGUUAAAUCGCCCCUCAAAAUAUUAUCCCGGGGGCUUGUACUCGGAAAAUUGCCCUCGAAUACACAGUAAAACAAAGCAGAAACGGUGAAUUUCCUUUCAACUAUAAGGCUAGCCCAAUCGAUUUUGGAACGCAAAUUUCCCUCCGAAGUUAAGCCCCUCCGAAUAUAAGCCGCUCCAAGAAUAAGCCCCUCAAAAAGGGCCUUUGAAAAAUAUAAGCCCCGGGGCUUAUUUUCGGAAUUUUACGGAAGGGUACUAUUUAAUUACCCGAUAUUUUGGUUAGACAAUACUAUCCUUUGUCUGGGCCUGCAAAAAGCAAUAAUAAAUUGUUAUAAAUAAGCGGUUGAAAAAAACAACAACGAACAGUCGAUAUUUCGCUUUCCUCCAUGGAAGAAAAGAAGAGAAAAUCAAAAGUACGAAUAACAAGAAUCUGUGUGUCGAGAAUUUAUUGGCUGGGCUAAAAACAUAUAUUAACAUAAAAAGCAGUCAGCAGGUGUUUAAAAUGGUUAGGGCCGCUAUGUUAAAAGAAGACAAAUUGAGGUGAUAAUCAAAAUUAGUAGAAAAAUAUUGUUGCCAUAGUGAAUAUCUUUAUUUUUUACCCAAGCAUUAUUGAUAGUUAUGGGGUUUCGUUCACUUAAACGAAACGUGUUUCCUUAUAGAUAUCGCUAUUUUGCUUUAGUAACGGAUGAGUUUGACAAUUAAAAAUACGAAUAAUAUAACAAGAAUCUAAUUGUAUGUGUGUCGUGAAUUUUUAUAUACUGGGCUAUAAAACAUAUAUUGACAUAAAAAGAAGUUGGCAGGAGUUUAAAAUGAUUAGGGGACGCUCGUUUAAAAAAAGACAUGUACUAUCUAAAGAAACUUUUUCUUAGUUGCAAGUUAGAGUGGAUAUCUUUAUUUUAUACCUAAUUAUUAUUGAUAGUUAUGGGGCUCACUCAAUCGAAACCUAUCUCAACCGACCCCAAAAUUCAUAAACAAACCACUUUGACAUGUUUGGACUGUUAAGACUUCCUUUCUACAAGUAAACUCUAUGCAAACGUCUGUCAAAGCUGGCCGCCCACGAUUAGCAAUUUCAUUGAUUAACUUUCAUGUUGAAAUAGUUUAUACAUGUGUAUAAUAAUUAUCGCCUAGUCGAAUAUUUACUAAACAAGAUGUCAUUAUAAAGUUUUCAACAGCUCGCGUUUUGUUUCUCAUAACAGACCCAAAAAAUAAAGGCUCUUGCCAAGUUUCUUUUUCCAGCCAUCUGAAUUCGGUUAAUAACUCACAUGUAUUGUGCUCUGCUAAGAAAAUUCUGAUGACUCAAGCAUAUUUGCAUGUAGCUUGUGUUGAAUUGGCCGAAUUACUGGAACUUACAGCGAUGUUAAUGAAGAAAACGCCAUGCAGACUUUGUUGCACCGACAACAUAUUAAGACCUAAAAAGUUAUUAAAAUGGCCCGUAAGUCAGUUUCACCUGGCACAUUAUAGUUCGACUAAUGUUUGUUUGAAAAACUAGCCAAAUUUUCUGAAUCCUUUUUCUUCGUGUGGUACGACUAAAAACAGAAUUAAUUUUUUUCCUCAAAGUUUUGUAGAAAAAGUUGAUAAAAAUUAAAACAAGAAGAAUUGACAAAGGUCAUUAUCGCACAUCCAUAACAGACAACAAAAUUACCGCAGCCCACACAGUUUGACGCGUUUGCCGACUAUCAAGACUUCCUUUACUACUGAAAACUCAUUAAAAUCGUCAGUGAGUUAGUUUCCUGAACAGGCUCAUUAAAGUUCGGUGUCAGCUUGUAACACUUCAUUGUUUCUGCUAAACCCUGACUACAACUUUUAUGAACAAACUCAUCUCUUUUGCUUUUGUUUGAAACACGGAUCGUGAUAAUUACAGGCGUGAUAAUUACAGAUGAAUUAGCAAACAAUAACAAUUAUAACUUAUUUAACCACGUUAUCGUCUAAGAGCACAAGUGCUCGUUCAAAAUACGAAUGUGCAUUAAAUCUACAGUUUGAGUUGAACUUAGCUUUACUCGACCUUUGCUUAGACUUGUGAGCUUUUUUCUUUUACGUUUAGUUAAUAGUUUUUGCACGUUUAUGACUCUAUAAAUUACUUCUGAUCAUUAUUUAUUUAUGCGCGACAAAUGAACGUAUAUAGCCUAUUUAAGUGAAUAGUUUUGACUGUAGAGAUGUCGAAAUGAUAUCAGCUUUCACCCAAAUUAAAAUAGUAUACACAAAUAAAACUCUCACUUGCAGGUCAUUGCGUCGAAGAGGAAAAUGGCCCUGAAAAAUUUUACUGAAGACGCAAACCAUAAAACUGUCCAAGAACUAGACUGUUCGGCAGAAUUUGUCAGAGGUGUAGACAGUGAGCUUAUAUUCCUUUCAGCUCUAAAUAUUUUUCUUUCCAUUGCAGCAUUUCUGGGGAACUUUCUGAUCCUAGUCGCCCUACACAAGGAAACCUCACUUCAUAUGCCAUCCAAACUCCUGUAUCGUAACCUAGCGAUAACUGAUCUCUGUGUUGGUAUCAUUGCAGAACCUUUGUAUGUGACUUACAUUACUUCUGUUGUGAACGAAAGAUGGGAUAUUUGCCAUUACGCAAAUUGGGCAGCAAGAUUGUCAGGUCAAAUGUUGUGUUCAGUAUCUUUAGUUACAUUGACUGCAAUAAGUUUAGACAGACUUCUCGCCUUGUUGCUGGGACUCAGGUACAGACAAGUUGUAACUUUAAGAAGAAUGUGUAUAACUGCAAUCGGUUUUUGGAUUUUGUCCAUUGUUGCUGCAUCUAGUUUUUUUUUUAAUCCUAUUAUCAGUUCAUUUUCUCAGUACAUAGGUAUAGCUCUAUGCCUAUUCGUCACAAUCUUCGCUUACACAAAAAUUUUCUUCACUCUGCGUCACAAUCAAGUUCGUGUUGACCACGUUCAGGGCAAUGUUUUUAGAAGACAACCAAGCCAAGCAAUUUCACUGAACAUAGCUCGAUACAGAAAGGCAGUGUACAGUGCACUGUGGGUGCAGGGAACAUUGGUUUUUUGUUAUCUGCCGUUUGUUGUAGUGGUGGCGAUAACACCUCAAAGAGGGAUAACCUUGCCAAUUUACCUUGCCAGGCAAUAUACAGGAACUGUAGUUUACUUAAACUCAUCUUUAAACCCGUUGUUGUACUGCUGGAAGAUCAGAGAAGUAAGGCAAGCUGUAAAAGAAACAUUAAGGCAACUAUUCUGUCGAUCGAGUUAG